AUGGCUAGUGACGCCGAAUCGAGCGUCAAGGAUCAUACCGAUCCGAACUCACCCCUAUACCUUCAUCCCUCCGACUAUCCUCGUCAGAUGCAAGUUAACGAUGUGUUGACGGAUGCAAAUUUCAUCGACUGGUUACAAGAGAUGAAAAAUUUCUUGUAUGCCAAAAACAAAAUCGGAUUUGUUGAUGGAACAAUUCCAAAACCUGAUCAGACACAUGGAACCUACAUGGCAUGGAUGCGGUGCGAUGCGAUGGUGAAGGGAUGGCUCACUACAGCCAUGGACAAAGAUAUACGUGCUAGUGUGAAGUACGCAAACACGGCUGCUGAAAUCUGGAUCGAUGUGAAUGAACGCUUUGGAAAGGAGAGUGCACCAAGAGCUUAUGAAUUGAAACAGAUGAUUAAUGUCACCAAGCAAGAUGGAGCAACCGUAUCAGCAUACUACACCAAAUUGAGAAGAAUCUGGGAUGAAAUUACGACCAUUCUUGCGACCCCGUAUUGCACUUUCAAUGGCUGCAAGUGUGAGGUUGGAAAGAAAUUAAUAAAACUAAAGGAAAAGGAGCAACUGUAUGAGUUUUUACUCGGUCUCGAUGAUGAGUUUGCCGUUAUAUGA